AUUCAACGAGCCAAGUUCACCUGUCGUGAUUUCCUCCGCUCUCGUGAUUAUAGAUUUUCUAAAUUGUCUCCUGUCAGCAGAAAAACGUCUAUUUUCUUUACAUUUAAAUUUUGUGCUUAACGCGAUGAACUCAGGUUUUGACAGCCCUAUAGAUGAGGAUUUCGGUGAGAUCCCAGAGUCUGCGAAAACUGGUCUUUUCCACUUUGUAGUUGGAUUAUUUGUGGUAUCGACAGUGGUCACAACACUUUUGACGACGGUUUUUGUAGCUUUAAUCGUGAUUCUGUGGGGUUACUUCAAACCGAUGAAAUUCUUUUGGUUUUUAACCCAACUUACCAUAUCAGUUUUCAUCAUCUCUUCCUCCAAUCUAGUUAUCAAUGUCCCAGCUACUCUUUCCUUGGUUUCUAAGGAGGCUGCACAGUCAGGGCUUUUCUCAUUUAUCUCAUAUCUCAUCGAUUUCUGCCAUUACUCGAUUAUAUUCUCCAAUUUGGUAAUUGCAGUUCAGCGUGCAUUUGUCUUCUUUUUUAGACACUCUACAGAUACGGCUUUCAGCUCCCCAGUAAUCUUCAUUUGGCUUGUGUCAGUUUGGGUAUUGGCUUUAAUUGUGGAAAUUAUAUUGAUGACAUCAAAUUGUAAAUAUCGGCACGACAAAAAGACACCAGUGUAUCAGUUGAAAUGUGAAGUGAAAGGUCAAACAAACCUUGUUGUCAAUAAAUCUCUGCCCGGUGGAAUUCAGUUGAUCGAGAAUAUAGUUCAGAUUGGCAUUCCUAUUUUAAUAUUUGGGAUUUAUUGUGCGAUUAUUUCAAAAAUUGCAUAUAUGAAGCAGAGCACGUUGAGCAAAAAUGAGACAUCUAUUUUGAAGCAAUCGAUUUUUGUUUUUGUCGCCUUUCAGAGUUCUUCAAUUGUGUUCUUAAUUGCUCAAAACAUCGAGAUAACAAAUGUCACUGCGUUUCUGAUCAAACGUUUUGUCAAUACGAUGGAAAUUCUGGCCGGCGCCGCAACACCCACGUUCUUCUUUUUCACAUCUAAAGAAAUGCGAAAAUUCGUGUCAACUCGAGUUUCAGCUGCCAGUUCACAGGGAGCAUCUAACUUGCAGGUUAGAGGUGUGAGGACGUUGGAAUGACAUUUUUGUCCUGCGCCCGAAUGUUGUUAUGUACAUAUAAUAAAAUUUUGAACACAGCUGACAUUUUAUGCAUUCAAAAUUAAUUGAAACUGAAUGUACUUUUUGAAUAAAUUGAUUAUGAAAUGUAA